CUCAUACAAAUCGCGCGUCUUUAUAAACGGCCCAACGGGUGUCGGACUUUUGAAAGAUCCCGAGCGCCGAACUACCACCUUCAAUCAAAUUCCAAAAUUGUGGUCGAAGAACCUCUCACCGUCAAGUAUUGCACUGACCACCAAUCCACGUUCGUUCGUAGUAGACGGCGCAGCCUGGACAGGCUCCAUGGCAGCACAAUCGGUUUGCAAAGGAACAGGGUCGGAGAUUGACUUCAGCUACUUCGGCGGUGCUGAGUCUUUUACGGAAGGGAGACGUUCUUUACGCCGGACAACCGUUGUUUCCCCAACUGAACAGGAUGACGGUCUAUCCUAUCCAGGUCCACCGCAGGACCCCACAGAUUUUCUGUGGAUAAUGACGGAGGAACCUCACCGCUCGCGGCGUAUGGCCAUCAUGAAAGCGCACCCUGAAGUAACGAAGCUCAUGGGCUACGAGCCUCUCACAAAAUACGUUGUGCUAGCCGUCGUGUCACUGCAGCUCUACCUUGCCAUGCAUCUCCGACACACCCAUCCGCUCUCUUUCCGCUUCUUGUUCCUCGCGUACGCUGUAGGCGGCACCACGAACCAGAACCUCUUCCUCGCCAUCCACGAGAUCACGCAUAACCUAGCAUUCAAGGGCAUCAAUGCAAACAAGGCUCUGGCUGUCUUUGCCAACUUACCCAUUGGUGUACCUUAUUUUGCCGCGUUCAAGAAAUACCACAUAGAGCAUCACAAACAUCUUGGGGAGGACGGCAUAGACACUGAUCUCCCCACAAAUUUUGAACUGCUUUGUCUGAAUAACGUUCUUGGAAAGACAUUUUUUGCGACGUUCCAGAUAUUCUUCUAUGCCCUGAGACCUGGCUUUGUCAGAAUGCAGACGCCCACCCGAUGGCAUUUGUACAAUGUGAUUGUGCAACUUCUCUUCAAUUAUGUCCUGGUGCGCACCUUCGGCAUACGCCCUCUGCUAUACCUGCUCUUCUCGAGCUUCUUUGCCGGAAGUCUGCAUCCAUGCGCAGGCCACUUCAUUGCCGAGCAUUAUGUAUGGGAUGGUCUCAACCAGGAGACCUAUAGCUAUUAUGGCCUCCUGAACAUUCUGGCUUACAACGUCGGCUACCACAACGAGCAUCAUGACUUCCCUUCCAUCCCAUGGACGCGUCUUCCUGCAUUGCGAGCGCUAGCACCAGAGUUCUACGAUAUUCUCCCAUCACAUCCCAGCUGGACGAUGGUCAUCGUGAACUUUAUCCGAGACAAAGAGGUCGGCAUCUUCGCACGUGCCAAGAGGAUUGCCAAGAACAGCAAACAGAAGCAUGAGAGUUCCAGCUCAAGCAGUGAUCGGGAGUGAGGCGAUGGACUAAUAUCUAGGUGCUUUUUUUUAAUGGACGCUGUAUAUACAUCGCAGUACAAUACCUGACGCAUCGAUCGGCUUUGCAGAAGGGAAUUUGGAUCGGUAUUUGUCUCUCAAUUUAGUGGGCGUGUCUGGGUCUGGAGCGUUGACCACAUUAUUUGCCUCUCGUGCUCGUCUACUGGCAGAUGUGCAACACUGCGAAAAGCUUUCACGAGACCGUAGCUGGAC